ACUCAGUCGCUCCUACGACAUUUCCUUCCCACUCGCCUCGAUAAGAUUUAAAAAAAAAAAAAAAAACUUUCCAGAGGGAACAGUCCCGGUUUUCCUCCUCCUAACAUCCAACAAGCCAAAUCAACAACACGACCAGACUCAAGCCCGAAAUGUCUCCACCGUCUAGAAGAUUGCAGACCAAACCUGUGAUAACGUGUCUGAAAACUUUUCUGAUUUCUUACAGCCUGAUAUUUUGGUUUACAGGGGUGAUCCUCUUAGCAGUGGGGGUCUGGGGAAAGGUUAGUCUGGAGUCCUAUCUCUUGCUAGCCUCAGACCUGAGCACCAAUGCUCCAUAUGUCCUUAUUGGCACUGGUGCAAUCAUCAUCAUCUUUGGCCUGUUCGGUUGCUUCGCCACCUGCCGUGGUAGUCCAUGGAUGCUGAAACUGUAUGCCAUGUUCCUGACUCUGGUGUUCUUGGCUGAACUUGUGGCAGGCAUUUCUGGCUUUGUUUUCAGACAUGAGAUCAAAGCAAUACUUAAAGAUGUGUACUGGAAUGCUGAAAGAAAUUACAAUACUACAGAUGGCAGAAACCAAGCAGUGGAUUCCAUACAAGGAUCCCUGAAGUGCUGUGGUGUGUACAACUACACUAGCUGGGGACAAACUGAGUACUUCAAGCAGCACGGCAUCCCGAAAAGCUGCUGUGUGGCACUGAAUAAUUGCACCACUGAAAAUCUCAAAGAUCUCAACCUGGCUGGAAAAGUGGUAUACCCCAGGGGCUGCUUCUCUCUGGUGACUACUGCAAUGGAGUCUAAUUUGGGAAUCAUUGCUGGGAUAUCUUUUGGAAUAGCAUUCUUCCAGCUUAUUGGUGUAUUCCUGGCAUGCUGCUUGUCGCGCUACAUAACCAACAACCAGUAUGAAAUGGUCUAGGCAUUUCAGAGUGGAAACAAAAGGUCAACUGAUGUGCGACACAAAGGGAAGCCAUAUAGUUUUAGAAGUCUUUCAUUUUAGAAAAUCCUCCUGCUGCCCCCCCUUUUUUUUUUAAGUGUUAGUCCAUGGCAAGUAGAUAGAAGGGAAGGAUUUAAUUUGCUAUUUAGAUCAUGCCUUUUCCCAGUUAUUCAUCUUGAUGCAAUUAUGUGCCUUUUGCAGCUUGUAAAUGGAAAUAAUGAAAAGGAUUCACACACAAAAAAGUGGGGUGUGUGCAGGUAUUUGUCAGUGUUAAGUUUGGGAAAUGGAUGAUAUAAAUAUUGACUGACCUUGCCUUUGUUAGUUGGUCUUAAUAUUAUACAUGUUUCUGUUAGUAAAUCACAAAUUGUAUUUUCUAACGGUAGGUAAAAUGAUUUUUGAGUAGAGGAAAGCAAAUUGGGGUUAUGUUGUUAAGAGGUGGCAUUGUGUAUAUUCAAGCCUUAUUUCACAUGAUGUUGCCUUACCAAAAAGUGUUGAACUUCAUAUCCUUCUUUCUGGGUCAACCUUUAAUAUGAAUGAGGUUCACUGACAUUAACAUAGUGAUGUACCUUAAUGGGAGUGUAUUAUAAAUAUAUGUAUUGCUUUUGUUGACUGACCUGGCUUAUUAUGAUGUAUUUAGUUAAUGCACAUUUCCCUGCAACACAACAACUGCCCUGAUCAAAAUUAAUUCUAGUUCCCCCCCGGAAACACUGGCAUUUCCAAGUCCUCUGGAGUGACCAUAACCCGAUUUGUUACAGCUCAUUGUCUUGUAUGUUUAAGUUAACAUUUUUAAGCAUGUCAUAUCUCUGUAUUGUCCUGGCAGUGAUAAUUCAGUGUUAACAGCAGCUUGCUUUGAGUUGUGAACAUGUAUAAUACAUCAAAAAGAAUAAACAAGCGUAUGAUA